CCACCGCACCCGACCUUCCAGACCUCUUCAUCGCCCAUCCAUCACAGUCACCAUGCGUGAGAUUGUCCACCUCCAGACCGGCCAAUGCGGUAACCAAGUCGGUGCCGCCUUCUGGCAGACCAUCUCCGGCGAGCACGGCCUUGACGGUGCCGGUGUCUACAACGGUACUUCGGAUCUCCAGCUUGAGCGCAUGAACGUCUACUUCAACGAGGCCUCCGGUAACAAGUAUGUCCCCCGUGCCGUCCUCGUCGACUUGGAGCCCGGCACCAUGGACGCCGUCCGUGCCGGCCCCUUCGGUCAGCUCUUCCGUCCCGACAACUUCGUCUUCGGUCAGUCCGGUGCUGGCAACAACUGGGCCAAGGGUCAUUACACCGAGGGUGCCGAGUUGGUCGACCAGGUCUUGGACGUUGUCCGUCGUGAGGCCGAGAGCUGUGACUGCCUCCAGGGUUUCCAGAUCACUCACUCUCUUGGUGGUGGUACCGGUGCCGGUAUGGGAACGCUCCUGAUCUCCAAGAUCCGUGAGGAGUUCCCCGACCGUAUGAUGGCCACUUUCUCCGUCAUGCCCUCGCCCAAGGUCUCCGACACCGUUGUCGAGCCUUACAACGCUACCCUCUCCGUCCACCAGCUGGUCGAGAACUCCGACGAGACCUUCUGUAUCGACAACCAGGCUCUCUACGACAUCUGCAUGAGCACUCUCAAGCUCAACAACCCCUCUUACGGUGACUUGAACUACCUCGUCUCUGCCGUCAUGUCCGGUGUCACCGUCUCGCUCCGUUUCCCCGGUCAGCUCAACUCCGACUUGCGCAAGCUCGCCGUCAACAUGGUUCCCUUCCCCCGUCUCCACUUCUUCAUGGUCGGUUUCGCCCCCCUCACCAGCCGUAACGCCCACUCCUUCCGCGCUGUCUCGGUCCCCGAGCUCACCCAGCAAAUCUUCGAUCCCAAGAACAUGAUGGCCGCCACCGACUUCCGUAACGGCCGCUACCUCACCUGCUCUGCCAUCUUCCGCGGUAAGGUCUCCAUGAAGGAGGUUGAGGACCAGAUGCGCAACGUCCAGAACAAGAACUCCGCCUACUUCGUCGAGUGGAUCCCCAACAACGUUCAGACCGCCCUCUGCUCCAUUCCUCCCCGUGGCCUCAAGAUGUCGUCUACCUUCGUCGGUAACUCGACCUCGAUCCAGGAGCUGUUCAAGCGUGUCGGUGACCAGUUCUCUGCCAUGUUCCGUCGCAAGGCUUUCUUGCAUUGGUACACUGGUGAGGGUAUGGACGAGAUGGAGUUCACUGAGGCUGAGUCCAACAUGAACGAUUUGGUCAGCGAGUACCAGCAGUACCAGGAGGCCUCCAUCUCCGAGGGUGAGGAGGAGUACGACGAGGAGGCUCCUCUCGAGGCUGAGGAGUAAGAUGUUGAUAGCAACGUCUAACUUCUAAUUUCGUAUUCACGUUGUCCGAGAGGGGAAGCGUUUGGAUCCUCUUUUUCUACCCCUGUUCUUUUUCUUCACGAUAAUCAAGUCAAAUGUCCGAGCAUUGGGCGCCCUAGCGAGUUUGAAAUGAAAGCCCUUGUCUUUUUGUAAUUACCAAAA